AUGGAGAAACCCGAAGCCAUCAAUGUCGAGUCAGUCUGUGAAGAGGGUGGCACACUCCACAAGAUUGGCAGCGACGAAAUGUGGACGCGAACUGCCCUGAAUGCUGUCGCCCGUGACUAUGACCAGGAGGAGAAAACUAUGCCGGUGAUGCAGGCAAUUCGACACUACAAGAAAGCCAUCUUCUGGAGCUUGGUCAUCUCGAUGUGUGUCAUUAUGGAGGGGUUUGAUACCAAUCUCCUGGGAAACUUUUAUGCGUAUCCUUCUUUUCAAAGAAGAUAUGGCGAUCCCGUCCCCGUCACCCCGCAAACCCCCACAGGAUACUCCAUCCCUGCCUCGUGGCAGUCAGGUUUGGGCCAAGGAUCAGGCGUGGGUUCUAUUUUCGGCACGUUGAUCAAUGGUUGGCUUGUUGCUGCCUUUGGGCCGAAGAAAGUUGUGUUCUCCACGCUCUGUGUUAUGAGUUGCUUCUUGUUCAUCGUCUUCUUCGCUCCGAACAAGGAAGUUCUCUUGGUUGGUGAGAUAUUACUUGGUUUUGAAUGGGGCAUUUUUGCGACCACUGCACCCGCAUACGCCUCGGAAGUUCUUCCACUCCAACUCCGUGUAUACUUCACGUCUUGGACAAACAUGUGUUUCAUCAUUGGGCAAUUCAUUUCAGGUGGUGUGCUCCGAGGACUCGUUUCUCGACAGGAUCAAUGGGGUUAUCGGAUCCCUUUUGCCAUUCAGUGGUUCUGGCCCUCAUUCCUGAUCCCUCUCAUUUGGUUUGCUCCCGAGUCCCCGUAUCACUUGGUUCGAAAGGGGAAACUCGGGGAUGCCGAAAGAGCUCUUCGACGACUGCAGAGCGCUUCCAUGGACAGCAAGAGGAGUUUGGCUCAGAUUGUGUUCACCGACAACCUCGAAAAGAAACUCUCUGUUGGUACCAGCUACAGGGAUUGUUUCAGAGGAGUCGAACGCCGCCGUACUGAGAUUGCAAUGGUCGUCUUUGGUGGCCAGCUUGUCUGUGGUCUUUGCUUUGCUUAUGCCAGUACAUACUUCUUCCAACAGGUCGGCCUAGAUACCGAGGCUGCGUACUCCUUGGGUGUGGGAGCCAAUGGUCUAGCCUUGUUUGCUUGCUUUGCCAAUUGGUUCUUGUUGAUGCCGUAUUUCGGACGCCGGACCGUCUACAUUGUGGGCAUGGCUGCGAUGACAAUUGAGCUUUGCCUUAUUGGUAUCCUCAAUGUGUGGACCGAUAAACCAGCUGUAGCGUGGACUCAGGCUAUUUUGACUUUGGUUUGGACAUUCACUUUCCAACUCUCUGCUGGUCAACUUGGCUGGGCGCUACCUGCCGAGAUCGGCUCAACUCGUCUUAGGCAAAAGACUGUUUGUCUUGCUCGCAAUGUUUCCAACAUCCUCGGCGUUAUUUGUGGUACUCUGGAAAACUACUUCAUGAACCCCACCGCGUGGAAUCUCAAGGGCUAUACAGGUUUUAUUUGGGGUGGAUGCGCCUUCAUCGUUUUUGUGUGGGCUUAUUUCCGCCUCCCAGAAACAAAAGGAAGAACCUUUGAUGAACUGGACACUCUCUUCGCUAAGCGGGUGCCUGCCCGCAAGUUCGCUAGCACUGAUGUGGAUGUUUUUGAUGAGGAAGAGAACGACCAUCUGGCCGUACAAUACACUCCGAAGUAA